GAGGAGCGAGGAUGGGCGCCCAGUCGCCGUCGGGCUUCUACGUGGGCAGGAGGGCGGCGGCGCUGCUGGCGCUGCUGCUGGCCGCCCUGCUGGUGGCGCUGCUGGCGCUGGCCGCCCUCUACGGGCGCAGCGUGCAGGAGCUGGCCGAGGCGCGGCGGGCGCGGGAGGAGGAGGAGGAGGGGGGCGCCGGCGCCUCCGCCGCCCCCCCCACGCCCCCGGCCGCCCCCGCCAGCGCCCUGCCGCCGGGCCCCUGGGACCGCCUGCGCCUGCCCGCCGCCCUGGCGCCGCUGCACUACUCGCUGCGCCUCUGGCCCCACCUGGCGCCGGGCCUGCCGGAGCCGCGCACCUUCUCGGGCCGCGCGGCCGUCACGGUGCGCUGCCGCCGCGCGACGGCCACGGUGCUCCUGCACAGCCACCGCCUCGCCUACCGCCACGCCGCCGUCUGGGGGCCGCUGGGCGCCAACGCCAGCCGCCUCCCGCUGGCCGCGCUGCGCCUCGCCCCGCGCCACCAGUUCGUGGUGCUGCAGCUGCGCGCGGGGCUGCGCGCCGGAGCCCUCUACGAGCUGCGCUUCGCCUUCGACGGCCGCCUCGGCGACGCCGCCCAGGGCGCCUCCCGGGGGCUCUUCCGCAGCGCCUACGAGGAGCAGGGCGAGAGGAGGUGGCUGGUUGCUUCGCUGCUAGAACCAGCAGAUGCAAGAAGUGUUUAUCCAUGCUUUGAUGAACCUGCCAUGAAGGCAACUUUUAACAUCAGUAUCGUGCAUCAUCCAAGCUAUGUAGCACUUUCUAAUAUGCCUGCUAUAGAUGUUUCUGAAUAUAAAGAUGUGAAUGAGAGCAAACUGAGUACAUUGAGAAACUGGACGACAUCGAUUAAUUGGACUGUUACGACAUUUAAAACAACACCAAAAAUGUCAACCUACAUCACUGCUUUUGUGGUCUGUAACUUCGAUUAUGUCAACACAACUGUGAGGGGCAAUGAGAUACGGAUUUGGGCUCAGAAAGAUGCAAUUAGGGAUGGGUGUGCUGAUUACGCUUUAAAUAUCACUGGACCAAUCUUUUCAUUUAUGGAAGGCUUUUUAAACAUUAAUUAUCCUCUUUCAAAAACAGAUCUGAUAGCGCUGCCUGAUUUGGGAGCAGGUGCUAUGGAAAACUGGGGGCUAAUAACUUUCCAGGAAGAUUCUUUAUUAUAUUGCCCUGAAGACAAAUUAACAGGAAUGAAAACUGUGAUUCGCCAAAUUGUUUGCCAUGAAAUAGUACACCAGUGGUUUGGAAACCUGGUUACCAUGGAUUGGUGGAACGACCUAUGGCUUAAUGAGGGAUUUGCCACUUACUUUGAAUAUCUGUGUUCAUACCACAUUGAACCCAGUGUGCCUCUGAACAAAGUCUUUAGCAAUAACGUUUUAUUACCUAUGCUGGACAUGGAUGACAAAAUACCAGGUUGGUCUUUAUCAGACAGAGAAGAAACAAAUGAAACAGAUUCAUUACAUGGACUGUUUGAUAACUACACAUAUCAGAAGGGGGCUUCCAUUGUCCGAAUGCUUUCCAGCUUUAUAAGUGAAACGCUGUUCAUCAAAGCGCUUAAUUCAUACCUGAAUGCAUUUUCCUUUGCAAAUACCAUCCAAGAUGAUCUCUGGACUCACAUUCAAAAGGUAAUCGAUGAACAGACUAACCUCCAGUUGCCGGCACCAAUAAAAGUUAUAAUGGACUCUUGGACCUGCCAGCGUGGCUUUCCACUCCUAACUGUAAAUCUGUCCACUGGGAAUAUCAGCCAGGAGCAAUUUUAUGAUGAAAAAGGCAAAAAUGAUACCAAUACUUCCAAUAACACCUGGAUUAUUCCAAUUUCUUGGAUAAGGAAUGGAACUGAACAGCCUUUAGUGUGGCUUGAUAAGAAAAGCAAAGUAUUUCCUGAAAUGAAAAUAUCAGAUUCAGAACAUGAUUGGAUUAUUUUAAACGUGAAUGUGACUGGUUACUAUAGAGUUAACUAUGACCAAUCCAACUGGCGAAGAUUGGCCAAAAUUCUUAGAAGAGACCCAAAGGCAAUUCCUGUGGUCAACAGGUUACAGUUGCUGGAUGAUGCCUUUGUACUGAAACGGUCUGGUCACACUGAAAAUGACACUCCACUAUAUUUAACUAAAUACCUUGAAAAAGAAGAUGAAAUCUUAGUUUGGAAUAUGGUGCUGAGAAAGCUAGAAUUUACCAAUUCAGUUAAUAUUUUGAGUGAUUAUGAACUAUAUCCAGUUUUAAAGAAAUUCUUCUUAACACGAAUUUUCCCAAUAUAUCAUCAUUACGCAAAUCUCCUUCGUCAGGGUUUUGAAGUGUUGGCAGUUGACUAUUAUACCAAACACGCUAUAGAAAGCCUCUUUAGAACAGCAUGUUCGCUUGGUUUCCGUGACUGUUUAGACCUAGCUUCUGAAAUCUUCACCAAAUGGAUGGACAGCCCCAAGCAUGAGAUUUCUUUUUGUAUUAGCACAACCAUUUGUUGCUAUGGUAUUCAAAUGGGUAGUGACAAAGAAUGGGACUUUGCAUGGAAAAUGUACAAUAGUAAUGAUUCUGAAAUAAAUUACAAAUAUGAAAUAUUACCUGCCCUGACAUGUACCCGUGAGCCGUGGAUACUUCAAAGAUACUUGCAGUAUACGCUCAACGAUUCAAUAAUUUCACCAGACCAGGUAUCAGAAGUUAUUGUUUCUGUGGCAGCAACUGAGGUCGGCCAUCGGAUAGCGUGGAAUUUUUUAACAGAAAAUUGGUUGGUUUUAAAUGAAAGGCAUGGGAAUGAACUAUUGCUUAAUUUCUUAGAAACGACACAACAUUUUAUAACUACAGACUUACAGAUCCAAAUGGUCCAGGUUUUUCUUAACAAUACACUUACAGAAGAAGAAAGAAUAGCUCCCAAUGACAUACUGCUGACAGCAAAAUCUAAAAAUAAAGAAAGGAAAAAAGCAAUAGCCGAAACCAUCACAUGGCUACAGAAAAAUAUAGAUGGCUAAAACUUUAGAAUUG